UUUAACAAAUGAGCGUAAAAUCGUAACAGGAACAAACUGAGGGUCAAACAGCCUCCUGACCAAACUCAUGUCGUCCACGUGAGGUCGCUGCUGGUUUUCAGAUCAACACGUUUCGAUCCCAGGAGUCUCCUUCAGGUUUUGGCUUCGGGAGCGCGCAUCGGUUCUGGGCGCUUUUCGGCACACGUGUGACGGGGGCGCGCUUCGCCUUGAUCAGGGAGUGAACCUGGACCACCGCUUCACUGCAGCUCCGCUCCCCGGACUGGACACAGCUCAGCUCCUGGCCCGGAUUUAACCUUUCAUUUGGACCCUUCCAGCUCCGGAUCCAGUGUCUCCGUGUUCCUCCAACACCUGGGUGAAUAUUUCACUCCCACCUGAACUUUCCAACAGACUUUAAAUCCUCGCUUUGUGCGCCAAAGUCGGGUUGAGUUCGGCGAAUGAAGUCGUGCGUAAAAGUGGCGAACCGGGCGCCGAAACAAGAUUAAAACGCGACAUUUUACGCACCGGAAUCACGCACAUUUGAUGUUUUUCGGGUUUGUUGGCGUCUAUACACGCGUGUUCCAGUGUGAGGAUGAGUGAGCUGCUGUUGAGGUGGGUUUAACCUGCGCUGGAUGAGAUGUGACCAUGUCCUUUACGCACCGGCUCGCUCUGCUGCUGCUCGGCUUCAGCUUCAUUCACACGGUUCGUGGACGGUUUCCUCACUGCCAGCUGCAAUGGGAGAUGCAGCGAGCCAGGACAGAGUGUCAGACACAACUGGAGCAGCAGACGCCCAACACCACAGGAUGUGAUGGUGAGUGGGACAACGUGUCGUGUUGGCGAAGUGCGGCGGUCGGCGAGGUGCUGACCCUCCCCUGUCCGUCCGCCUUCCUGCUGCUGUUUGGCAAGAACGGCAACCUGAGCAGGAAGUGUACAGAGAGCGGCUGGUCGGACGUCUAUCCCGUCAUCAACGUCGCCUGUUCAUCAGACAACACCGACGAACCCAACGAGUUAAUCUUCUACAAAGUGGUGCAUAUUCUGUCCACUCUGGGCCACAGCCUGUCACUCAUCAGUCUGUUCACCAGCACCGUCGUCAUCUGUUUGUUCAGGAGGCUCCACUGCAUGAGGAACUACAUCCAUCUCAACUUGUUUGUGUCGUUCAUGCUGCGAGCCGUGGCCGUGCUGAUAAAAGACUCGCUGCUGUUCUGGGAAGAUGAAACCACCGACUGCAGCACGCAACCUUCGCUGGUGGGCUGUAAGGCCAGUCUGGUGUUCUUCAACUACUUCAUCAUGGCCAACUUCUUCUGGCUGCUGGUCGAAGGUCUCUACCUGCAAACGCUGCUGCUGGUCAACCACCGCUACUCCACCCGCCUCCACAGCUACAUGCUCAUCGGCUGGGGAAUCCCUUUUGUUUUCAUGGUGGCAUGGAUCAUAUGUAGGGUGAAAAUGGAGGACACGAGGUGUUGGGAGGUGAAUGAUAACCCCGUCCCUGACAGACUCAUCAACUGGCCCAUCAUGGCGUCCAUCAUUAUGAAUUUCCUCCUGUUUAUCAGCAUCAUUCGUAUCCUGGUACAGAAACUGCGCUGCACUGAUGUCGGAGGAAACGACCAAUCACAGUACAGGCGCCUGGCGAAGUCCACCCUGCUGCUGAUCCCUCUGUUCGGGGUCAACUACAUAGUAUUCUUCUACCUAAUGGAGCGAGAUCAUAAAAACCUGAAGCAAAUCAAGAUCUUCUUCGAACUCGGCCUCGGGUCCUUCCAGGGUUUUAUCGUUGCCGUCCUCUACUGUUUCCUCAACAGUGAGGUGCAGAGUGAGCUGAGGAGGACGUGGAGUGGUUUGUCUCUGAAGCGGUACGUCAGACGGGACUACAGGCUGCACGCCGCGUCCGUGAGCCGAAAUGGUGUCGAAAAUCAGUUUCCCAGGAGCUCCCGAGCCCAGUCCAUCCUGCAGACUGAGACCACCACGCUCUGACCGCAAACAGGAAUCCUCUACUUUUAUAAACUCAUAUUCACAGUGAGUCAGAACGCAGGACAUCUUACUCCAGGACACUUUUAUAGACUUAUCAUUUGCUGCUGCAGCGCCUGAACUAAUCCUCAGCCUGCAGCUGCAAGAUUUCUCACGGCACUUUGGACUUUUCUUCCAUCCUUGUUGACAUUUUACGACGGAUGAAAAUGUGCCUUUCCAGGACACAAACCUGCAUCAACAAAUAGAUCUUUUAGUGCCCACACCAGACAGUUUCUUAUGAGUUCACUUUAUUAACAAAAUGCUGCAAAUUAAAACUUUCAGUUCCAACAUACCGCAUCCAUAUCGGGGAGAAAUUGCUCUCUAAAAGCUGAAUGUAUAAUCUGUGGUGCAGCUGUUUUUGUUCCGCUGAAGACAACUUUAAACUUUUUAUAUACACGUCUGCACUUAGAAUGAGAGUCUUCAAAACAAAGAACAUUGACCACAGAUGUUCUGAAACAAGCCAUAGGAUUUUAUGUGACUGAAAUGUGUUUAGAAUUUUAUAAAUAACCAAAAAAUAAAUCAUAUAUGUAUCAAUAUUAGCAUUUGUUUAAGAUCAUAUAAGGUCAAAAAGGCAGUACUGGGCAAACCUGGUGUUGCAUGCCUGUCUUGGAUUACCUUUAGAGGUAAACUUCACCGGUGAAAUCAGUACCAACUACAAUAGUUCCCAACAUGUUACGAUGAAGCAGCAGCUUGUCUGCUGUAACUUGUUUGGUUUAAAAUACAAGGUGAGAUCGAGAAGUUCAGAGACUGCACCAAUAAAUAUCAUAAAAAGCAUCCCCAUCAACAUAGUGUCCUUGUGCGGCGAUGCUCUGCUCUCAGUGCUCCUGCAACGCUCCUGCAAUGUAAUGCUUCCUGGAAUUCCCAUUAUGUAAAAACGUCAAGCACCAUUUGUAAUUGGCGUUGAAACAGUGAUUUUUCAAUCUAAAUUUCAAGGGAGAGUAGUUCCAAAGAGCCAAUUCUAGCAAGCAAGACAGGUGGAGGGCAACGACCAAACUGUAACCGGGGUAAUGGAUUAGUCAGUUUCCACUCUGUUUUAGUUACUCGGCCCAGUUCUGGAGGUGUGAUGAAAAUCUCUGAGACCGUGCCUCUAUAACUACCAGAUUUAAAUUUGGCCACUAUUCCUGUCACAGUAAUCUCCUUGUGCAACCACACACAGCUCCCAGUGCUCCUGCAACACUUGUCAUGCUCUCUGGACAGCCCAUUAUGUAAAAAUGUGUUGCAUCAUUUGUAAUGGGUAUUAAAUCUUGUAAACUAUGUCAAAAUAGUGAAUUUUUUUAACUUAAAUUUUAUUAAGAAGAAACUGCAGGGAGCCCAUUCUAGUGAAGUUGUUUCCAAAAAAUCUGUGCAUUAUCACCUGGGACCAGGAGUGUUGGAUUAGUCAGUUUCCAGUUGACUUUAAUUAUAUACUUGAGGUGUGAUUUAAAAAAAAAAAAAAAAAAAAAAAAUUCUGAGAAAAAAAAAACGUACCUGAUUAUAGUCUUCUUAUGCAGUGAUGCACAGCUCCCAGUGCUCCUGCAAUGCUUGAAAGACUGCUUGGACAUUCUGUUUUUUUUUGUUUUUUUUUAAAACAUCUUAAGCAUCGCUUGAGUAAAAACAGCAACCUUUCAUCAUUAAUUUCCUUUUUGAGAUGAGGAAGAAGUUACAGGGAGCAAAUUCUAGUGAACAGGGUGGGUUUGGAAGCAACAAUUAUGUCAUGGACCAGAAACUAAAAACAUAAUCACCAUGCUGUGACACGCAUUACAGUAAAACUCUGCAUUAACCGUCCAACAGCGGUGGAUGAAUUCAUCAUGCACAACCACAAGAAUGUUAAAGAAAGCAACGAGCAUGCUCCUGGUGCUGCACAAUUUCUCUAUUUUUGAAAAGCAGCAUGAUGAUGCCACCACCAUGCUUCUCUUGAUGGUAACCACAGACCCACCUCGAGUCAUCAUGAUGAUUCCCAACGUUGGGGUUGGAUCAUCCAGCUGCUGACUGACGUAGAAUGUGAUGUUCAGUUUGAGCUCUGUGGUGAAAUCAGAAACAAGAGGUCACAAAAACAUCAGUGCAGGUUUUACUGUUGGUAGCAGGAUGUCUUCCUGACUCACAAUAGUUCCUGCUCGUGACGUACAUGACCAUGACACAUGAAAAUUAUAAGAAAAAUUCAACCAACCUUCAUGCAUGUCUCUGCUUUUCAAUUCAAAUCAACUUAUUUUGUGAACCCAUGCUGGGAACCAGACUAGUGGGAGGAUUACAAGUGAUUUUUUUUUGACAGUUAAUUUUCCCUUUGAAUGUGUACUUUUCAUAUGUUUUAAUUCAGGGUUCAACAAAUGUGUCUCUGACGGGCAUAGAAUCAUAAAUAUGUUUUAUUAUGAUCAUUUUGCAUUGUGUUUUUUCUAACAAGAUUUAAAAAAGGAACAAAUCGACCAAAUAUUGAGGCAUUAUUGUCUUUAACUAAAUGACUAAAUGUAAUUCAAUGUGUCUUUAUUUUAUCAGCAGGGAUUGAAACCGACAAUAUCCAGCUGUGUAAUAUUCCAUUUCCUGCAAAACGAAUGUUGUCCAGAGUGACUUGCUUUACUUUCAAACAACCAAAAACGCAGACUUGCCUUGUACAGAGACUGUUUUGUAUUUUAUGUCUUUUGUUUUUUACACCGUUGAGCAUAUUCGGGGUUGACUGAGCAUUUGUAACCUUUUAAACACAACUGUAAGCCAUAUGUUUGAUGUAUAUAAACUUUUAUCAUUGAGACCAAA